AUGCCUUCCGCAAUCGAAGUUCACUCCCAAAACUACUACUCGUGGAAGACCGGCGAAGGAGCCAAAAAUCUACGCUUAAACCCCAAUGUGUCGAAACCAACUUCCAUUCCAGCGGGCCAUGUUCUCGUCAAUAUCAAAGCUGCUUCUCUAGCUCCCCGCGACGCCAUGAUCAUCUCCGGCGAUCGUCACUACCCAUCGUACAUUGACCCGAAUGGUACGCCUGGUUCCGAUGGCGCAGGCAUCAUUGAGAAACUUGGUGAGGGCGCAGAUGGGAAGUGGGAAGUUGGCGAUCGUGUAAUCAUCGCGCCAACCUCCUGGCUGAAGUACUCAUACGAGGAUGGUGCGGAUGCGUUUCCCCACGUCGAUGAGCUGAAGACGAAAGGGGAGAAGAAUUGGAACGGUACACUGAGGGAGUAUGGGGUAUUCCCCGCCAGCGAACUCAUCCCCGCACCCUCCUAUCUCUCCUACCCAGCUCUUGCCAGCCUCCCCGCAAACGCCGGCACAGCCGCCCACGCCCUCUUCUUCGGCCCCCGCCGCCUCCGCCCCGGCCAAACCGUACUGGCCCAAGGCACGGGCGGCGUCUCGGUAACCGCCAUCCAAAUCGCCGCCGCCGUCGGCGCAACCGUCAUCGCCACCUCCUCCUCCAACGCCAAGCUUGAGAUCGCCCGCAAACUAGGCGCCACGCACACCGUCAACUACUCCGAGACCCCAGCCUGGGAAGACGAGGUCCUUCGCCUGACCGACGGCAAAGGCGUGGACGUUGUGAUUGAGAUUGGCGGGAGUGCGACGCUGAUGCAGAGUCUCAAGGCUACCAAGUUCAAUGGGCUGGUUUGUCUUGUUGGGUUCUUGACCGAGCCUGUGCAGUAUGAUAUCAUUCCCUCUGUUCUUUUUACCGGUAGGUCGAUUUAUGGGGUGCGGAGUGUGGCGCAGGAGCAUGUUGAAUAUGGGGUUAAGGUAUUGGCGGAGAAGAAGAUUGAGCCUGCUGUUGGGAAGGUGUUUGAUUGGAGUGAGGAAGGGGUUGGGCAGGCUUUGAAGACUUUGGCGAAUUGGGAAGUUGUGGGUAAGGUUGUCGUGAAGGUUGGCGAGGAGUGA